AUGCCUUUCGCGAGCGUGUGCGCGGAAUCAGUCAGCCUGGAGCGCGUCUCUCGCCGUACCUCUGGUCCAAAAUGGACGGCUCCGUCUGGGACGACGGGCGUGUGUCGGCAUGCCUUUCGCGAGCGUGUGCGCGGAAUCAGUCAGCCUGGAGCGCGUCUCUCGCCGUACCUCUGGUCCAAAAUGGACGGCUCCGUCUGGGACGACGGGCGUGUGUCGGCAUGCCUUUCGCGAGCGUGUGCGCGGGCGAUGGUGCCCAUGUUCAAGGUUGCCUGGUGGCGGCAGGUGGCCGCUUCGAUCACCAAAGAAAAGUUCAGCCAACAGGAGCGCGCGCACUUUGACCUAGACGACAUCGAAUCCGCCGAGGAGAUCGAAGACGAGGCCGAGCUCGCCUACCUGGCCGGCAUGAGCAAUCACAGCUUCCACACGUUCAACUAUGCCUAUGCUGGCAGCACCAACCUGACCCCCACCAGCUUGCUCCACCGCGCCUUUAUUGCCUCUCACAGCUGGCGCUCGCUGCUCGACAUCGAUGCAAAGCUGCUCGCCGAGCGGCCAGACCCAGGCUCGGGCGUGGCUACGCAGCGGCUGCUGAAUUCGAUCAAGUCGGUCCAACAUCGCGAGCGUCCGAAGGUGACCGCUGAGGAUCUAGGCGCAGUUGCGCGCAAGCUGUACUGCGGCGACCUGCAAUUUCGCCCGGGACAGCGACGCGCGAUGCUGGCCAUAAUGGGCCGCCGGCAAGCUGAGCAGGUGGUCGUGGUGAUGCCCACGGGGGCAGGCAAGUCGUUGCUGUUCAUGGUGGGUGCCUGCUUAGAGGGUGCCGAGACUACGAUCCUGAUCCUGCCGACUGUAGCGCUGCGAGCAAAUAUGCUGGCGAAGCUCGACGUGAUGAACAUCCGCUACCAUGUCUGGCAGCCGGGCUCCAAGAAGGCGGCACCCAUCGUCCUCGUUUCCACCGAGGCGGCUAUCACUCUUGCGUUCAAGGAGUACGCAAACCGUCUGUUGCAGCAACAGCGGCUGGACCGCAUUGUAAUUGACGAGUGCCAUCUGACGCUGACCGCGAGAUCUUACCGACGGAGCAUGAUGCAGCUUGCCUGGCACGUCCGCGAUGUCGAAACGCAGACAGUCUGGCGAAU